GCUUCGUGUUCCCGGAACUCAGUGGGCGUCGCGCGAAGGCUGAAGGGAGUGUGGCGGAGGGUCCCGGGAAACCCGAGAGCCGGCAUGCCUCGGUAUGCGCAGCUGGUCAUGGGCCCCGCAGGCAGCGGGAAGAGCACCUACUGUGCCACCAUGGUCCAACACUGUGAAGCCCUCAACCGGUCUGUCCAGGUGGUCAACCUAGAUCCAGCAGCAGAACACUUCAACUACCCUGUGAUGGCUGACAUCCGGGAACUGAUCGAGGUGGAUGAUGUGAUGGAGGAUGAUUCUUUAAGGUUUGGUCCCAAUGGAGGAUUGGUAUUUUGCAUGGAGUACUUUGCCAAUAAUUUUGACUGGCUAGAGAACUGUCUGGGCCAUGUAGAGGACGACUACAUUCUUUUUGAUUGCCCAGGUCAGAUUGAGCUGUACACUCACCUGCCUGUGAUGAAACAGCUGGUCCAGCAACUGGAGCAGUGGGAAUUCCGAGUGUGUGGAGUUUUUCUUGUUGAUUCUCAGUUCAUGGUGGAGUCAUUCAAGUUUAUUUCUGGCAUCUUGGCAGCCCUGAGUGCUAUGAUAUCUCUAGAAAUUCCACAAGUUAACAUCAUGACGAAAAUGGAUCUGCUGAGUAAGAAAGCUAAAAAGGAAAUUGAGAAGUUUCUAGACCCAGACAUGUACUCCUUCUUAAAAGAUUCGACAAGUGAUUUUAGAAGCAAAAAAUUCAAAAAGUUGACGAAAGCAAUUUGUGGACUGAUUGAUGACUACAGCAUGGUUCGAUUUCUACCUUAUGAUCAGUCAGAUGAAGAAAGCAUGAACAUUGUAUUACAGCAUAUUGAUUUUGCCAUUCAGUAUGGAGAAGACUUAGAAUUUAAAGAACCCAAGGAACAUGAAGAUGAGUCUUCCUCUUUGUUUGAUGAAUAUUUUCAAGAACGCCAGAAUGAAUGAAGAAUUUACUAAAAAGUAACUGUAUGUGAAGAGCUUAUGGCCAAAUCAGCAGAGAAUGCAAAUCUUCAAAGGAUGCAGUAGUAGACAGCUGCGUUUUUUAAUGAAGGAAAAAAAAAAGAAUACUUGGCCCUUUAUCAGGAGCAUGCCUGAGUCAAGUCCUGAGUUAAAAGUGAAAUCUUGCCAGACACAGUGGUACACACCCUUUAACCCCAAUAGCUGGGAAGGCUGAGACAGGAGAAUGGAAAGUUCAAGGCCAGUCUUUUCAGGGCUGGAGUGAAGCUUAGUGGUAACAUGAGCAAAGCCCUGAGUGUAAGCCCCAUCACUGCAAAAAAAAAAAAAAAAGAAUGUUUUAAUGGUAUUCUAACAGCAUCAGUUGAGUUUUUGUUGUUGUUUGGCGGUUUUUUUGUUUUUGUUGCUAAUGGAUAUUAAACCCAGGGGCACUUGGCCACUGAGCUACAUCUCCACCCCUUUUUAUUUUGAGGGGGACAAGUUCUCACUAAGUUGCUGAGAUUGGCCUUGUGGCUGGAUUCAAACUUGCAAUCUUCCUGUCAUCCAUCAUGAGUUGUUGGGAUUACAGGCAUGUGCCACCACGCCCAGCAUCAACUGAGAUUUUAAAUGUCAGAAUUGUAAAGAGGGUUGGGGAUGUAGCACGGUGGAGGAGUAUUUGCCUAGCAUGUACAAAGCCCUGGGUUCAAACCCCAACACUCAAAAAAAAAAAAAAAAAAAGGAGUGGGGGAAUGAA